AAAUUUGUUGAUGGAAAUAGUUUUCUCCAAAUUCUCCCAACUCUUCGUGUUUCUUUUCUUGCUUAGCGUUGGAACCAUAAUAAUUACCUCUGAAGCAGCAGAUCCUACUUAUCUUUUCCAUUCUUGCCCGAACACAACUACUUUCACAGCAAACACCACUAACCAAUCCAAUCUCAAUCUCCUCCUCUCAUCUCUUUCCUCCAAUGCCACUCGCAAGAAUGGAUUCUACAACAGCACCGCAGGCCACAAUCCAAAUACCGUCUACGGCCUUUUUCUCUGCCGUGGCGACGUGAGCUCCCAAGUCUGCCAAGACUGUGUCACCUUUGCCGCUCAAGAUAUCGUCCAACGAUGCCCUGUAGAAAAAGUAGCCGUCAUUUGGUACGACGAAUGCCUUUUACGUUAUUCUAAUCGCUCUAUCUUCUCCGUUAACGAUCAAGAUCCAAGGAUAGCCUUGUAUAACACUCAGAACGCAACCCAGCAUGACCUCUUAAAUGAGCUUGUGGCGGAAACCAUGAACGAUGCAACUGCUAAAGCAGCGAGCGCUUUAACCGGAGCUAAAAAGCUUGCAAUGGAGGUUGCUAAUUUUUCAAGAUUUCAGGCGCUUUAUGGCCUCGUGCAAUGCACGCCCGACCUAUUUGAGGCUGAUUGUAGUUUGUGUUUUGAGGUAGCUAUCGCUUAUCUUCCUAAUUGUUGCGGUGGAAAGCAAGGAGCAAGGGUUCUAACUCCCAGCUGCAACGUUAGAUAUGAAUUAUACCCGUUUUAUAGUUUAACCGCAGCGGCGGCCCCACCGUCUUCACCUCUGUUUGUUUCUCAGCCUCCAGUACCACAACCAUCUGUAACAAGAAGUAAAGGUAAAAGACGUAGCUCAUCAUCAGUAAUCAUUGCCAUUGUUGCUCCAGUUGGCGUGUCCAUUUUGCUCUUUGUCCUGGGUUGCUGUUUCCUUAGUACAAGGGUAAGAAGGAAGCCCAAGUCUGCCACAAGAGAAGAAAAUGAUGAAAAUGAAAUCACAACAGUGGAGUCCUUGCAAUUUGAUUUGGCUACCAUAAAAGUUGCCACAAAAAUGUUCACCGAAGACAACAAAUUAGGUGCUGGUGGAUUUGGCGAAGUUUAUAAGGGUUCUCUUCCUGAUGGGAUAGAAAUAGCAGUGAAGCGGCUGUCAAGAAGCUCUAGCCAAGGUGCAGGGGAGUUCAAGAAUGAGGUUGUAUUGUUAGCGAUGCUUCAACACAGAAAUCUAGUAAGGCUAUUGGGAUUUUGCUUCGAAGGAGAAGAAAAGAUACUUAUCUAUGAGUUUGUGCCCAACAAGAGCCUUGACUCUUUUCUAUACGACCCAGAAAAACAAGGACAACUAGGUUGGUCUCAACGCUACAAAAUAAUAGAAGGAAUUGCUCGAGGAAUUGUUUAUCUUCAUGAGGACUCUCGAUUUAGAAUCAUACAUCGCGAUCUCAAGGCCAGCAAUAUUUUGUUAGACAGAGUUAUGAACCCAAAAGUUUCAGACUUUGGUAUGGCAAGGAUUUUUGGAGUUGACCAAACUCAAGCAAACACAAAUAGAAUUGUUGGGACAUAUGGUUACAUGUCUCUAGAAUAUGCUAUGCACGGACAAUUCUCUAUGAAAUCUGAUGGGUACAGUUUCGGAGUGUUAAUUCUUGAGAUAGUUACUGGAAAGAAGAACAGUUCAUUCAAUCAAACAGAUGAAGCAGGCGAGCUCUUGAGCUAUGUUUGGAGACAAUGGAGAGAUGGGAAGCCAUUGGAAGUGUUGGAUGCAAGUUUGAAAGGUUACUAUUCAAGAAAUGAAGUGAUUAGAUGCCCUCAUAUUGGGUUAUUAUGUGUUCAGCAAGAUCCAGUUGAGAGACCUACAAUGGCAACAAUUAUGCUAAUGCUUAAUAGUCACUCUGUUACUCAUCCAUUACCUCAACAGCCAGUAUUUUAUUAACCUGUAAUUGUAAAGAGUGAUUGGCAGGUAACAGAGUUUGAUCGAAAAAUGAACUCUCCUCAUAAACUAUCCAUAAUCACAGCUUUCUUGCUCGGUCUUGCCAUUACCAGCGAAGCACAGUCACAGCCCACUUAUCUCUAUCAUGAUUGCUCAAACAAAACCACUUUCACUGCAAAUAGCACCUACCAGGCCAAUUUAAAUGUCCUUUUCUCUUCUCUUUCCUCCAACGCAACCCGCAGUAUUGGAUUCUACAACGUCUCCGUCGGUCAGGAUCCCGAUGAUAUCUAUGGUUUAUUUCUCUGCCGCGGUGAUGUUUCCACAGCUAGCUGCCGAAACUGUGUGACUUUCGCUACCCAAGACAUAGUCCAACGUUGCCCUGUCGAAAAAGUGGCCGUAGUUUGGUACGAUGAGUGCCUUCUACGUUACUCAAACCGGUCAAUGUUCUCUACAAUGGACUCACAACCUAUGGUAUUAAUGUGGAAUGUCCAAAAUUUCACAGAUCAAAACAGUUUUAACGAGCUAUUAGGGACCACUAUUAGGGAGGCGGCUACAGAGGCAAAGAAUGCUCCAUCAGGAGCUAAAAAGUUUGCUGUCAAAGAAGCCAAUUUUACAGCGUUUCGGACGCUGUACAGCCUUGUACAGUGCACUCCGGACCUAUCCAGCUUUGACUGUGACAGUUGUCUUCAGACAGCGAUCCCCAAUUUACCCCUUAGACAAGGAGGAAGAGUUCUGUCUCCCAGUUGCAAUAUGCGAUAUGAAGUGUACCGGUUUUAUAACGCUACUGCAGUUAAGGCGCCGUCGCCGCCGCCAUCACCGCCACCCGUUGGUCUUCCUCCCCCGCCUACAAGUUCAGGAACAAUACCGCAAGAAAAAAGCGGCAUGUCAACUGUUACAAUCGUAGCCAUUGUUGUUCCAAUUAGUGUUAGUAUUGUUCUCUUCUGCAUGGGCUUCUGUUUCUUAAGGAGGCGGGCAAGGAAGAAGUAUGAUGCUGUACAGGAAGAUGAUGCUGGAAAUGACAUUACAACUGUGGAAUCCUUGCAAUUCGAUCUGAGCACAAUAGAAGCUGCUACAAGCAAGUUCUCCGAUGAUAAAAAGUUGGGUGGAGGUGGAUUUGGUGAUGUUUACAAGGGUAGACUUCCUAAUGGGCAAGAAAUAGCUGUGAAGAGACUAUCGGAAGGCUCUGGGCAAGGCUCAGUAGAAUUUAAGAACGAGGUCCUAUUGUUAGCCAAGCUUCAACACAGAAAUCUGGUCAGGCUGCUAGGAUUUUGCUUGGAAAGAGAAGAAAAGAUACUUGUUUAUGAAUUUGUUCCCAACAAAAGUCUCGACUACUUCUUAUUUGAUCCUGAAAAGCGAGGAGUACUGGAUUGGUCAAGACGCUACAAGAUAAUAGGAGGAAUUGCUCGAGGGAUUCUUUAUCUUCACCAGGAUUCUCGACUUACGAUUAUACAUCGCGACCUUAAAGUUAGCAAUAUUUUGCUGGAUGCAGAUAUGAAUGCAAAAAUUUCAGAUUUUGGAAUGGCCAGAAUUUUUGGAGUUGAUCAAACUCAAGGGAAUACGAAUAGAGUUGUUGGGACAUAUGGAUAUAUGUCACCGGAAUAUGCAAUGCACGGACAGUUCUCCAUCAAGUCUGACAUGUAUAGCUUUGGUGUCUUAGUUCUUGAGAUUAUAAGUGGAAAGAAGAAUAGUUCUUUCUAUGAAACAGAUGGUGCUAAUGACCUCGUGAGCUAUGUCUGGAAACAUUGGAGAAAUGGGACACCCAUGGAAGUGUUAGAUCCCACUCUAGUAGAUUCACAUUCAAGAAGUGAAGUCUUAAGAUGCAUCCAAAUAGGUUUAUUAUGUGUUCAGGAAGAUCCAGCAGAUAGACCAACAAUGCCCACGAUAGUUCUCAUGCUCAGCAGCUACUCUGUUACUCUACCAGUGCCUCAACAGCCUGCUUUUUUUCUCAACAGCGGAUCAGAACAGAGCAUGCAACUGAAGGGGUUUGAAUCUGAUAAAUCAACCACCAUUAGCAAGAGUACAGUGAUAUGCUCUGUUGAUGAAGAACCCAUUACUCAAGUAUAUCCUCGAUAGUGACAAAAAUGAGUUUUAAGCAAGAUUAUUACUUCAGUUAAAAAAAUCAAACUUUUUUCUUUAUUUAUGUGAUCUAUGGAAGCAAAAUAAAUUUGGCAAAUAGUACGUUCGGAAAUGAAAGCUGUAGAAUUUUCAUGAACAAUUUUUUAUGUAACAGUGUGUACUUGGAUUUCAGUGGCAGAACUUUUCAGCAUUUUUGACAAAACAACAGAAGGAAGAAAGAAAAAUCCUUUCGUUAAGACGACAGAUCGAUUACUUUUCAA